UGCGUGGUGGAUACUUUUUCAUGUGAGACAGCCUCACUCCUGCCGCAUUCGGAAAAUUUGGGUCUUUAACACGAAGAACAUCCCUGUCUGAUCGAACACAGAUACCACUUGUCCGAAAAGAGAUAUUCCAGGCAAUUCAGAUCCUCUUGCCGAAGUGGCAAAAGCGUAUAUCAAGGACUUUUCAAGGCAUUGCCCUUCCUGCGGCCUACCUCAAGCUCCGACGAUCUUCAACAUGGCUAUUUUCAAGACUCUCGUUCUGGCCUCGAGCCUCGCCAGCACAGCCUGGUCAACAUCACCCUACCAACAAGACUCCCAAGAAACACCCUACUACCGCGACUACUUCUACGUCGGCGGCAGCUAUGUCGACGACGGCGCCGGCGGCCACAUCUACAGCAACCAGAUGUACGUCGAGAAGCUCCAGUCCUUCCAGUCCACCCAAUCCUCCCUCCCUCCCAUCGUCAUGAUCCACGGCCAAGCUCAAACCGGCACAAACUUCCUCAACAAACCCGACGGCGGAACAGGCUGGGCAUCAAACUACCUCUCCGACGGACACACCGUCUACAUCGUCGACCAGACCUUCCGCGGGCGUUCACCCUGGGCACCCGGCGCAGGCCGUCCCCUCCCAUCAACCUACUCCGCCGAACUCAUCCAACAACGCUUCACAGCCGUGCAAGACUACAACCUCUGGCCGCAAGCAAAACUCCACACCCAAUGGCCCGACUCCGGCCGCAUGGGCAGCCCCGUCUUCGACGCCUUCUACUCUUCCAACGUGCAAUUCAUCAACAACGCAACUUACCAGCAAUCCACCGUGCAAACCGCCGGCGCCUCACUCCUCGACCGCAUCGGCGAACCAGUCAUCCUCUUCGGCCACAGUCAGGGAACCCUCAUGCCCCUCCUCAUCGCCGACGCACGACCCGCUCUCACCAAGGCAAUCAUCCUCAUCGAACCCACUGGCCCGCCCUUUCAAGACGCCGUCUUCUCCACUCGCGACACUCGCCCCUACGGCCUCACCGACAUACCACUCACCUACUCCCCUCCCAUCUCCAGCCCUUCCGAGCUCAUCCGGCAGACCUACCCUCCUCCCGUGGCAAAUGCGGAUAACUCCACGAUCCCCUGUAUUCUGCAAGCCGAAUCCCCAAGUCCGAGACAGCUGCCGAAUUUGGCCUCCAAGCCGGUAUUGAUCGUAACGGGCGAAGCGAGUUAUCACGCUCCGUAUGAUUAUUGUACGGCGGCGUUUUUGAAGCAGGCGGGGGUGGAACGGACGGAGCAUGUGGAGUUGGCGAAAGAAGGGAUUGAGGGGAAUGGACAUUUGAUGUUUAUGGAGAGGAAUAGUGAUGUUGUGUGGAGGAGGGUGCAGAAGUGGAUAUAUCUCCCACCUCUCCGUCGCACCUCUCGAACAUUCCCUUCCACUUCAUCCCUGAAACCGCCAUCACCAGCUCUCCUUCCAUCAAUCAGCAACAAUGCACCUCUCACACCUACCACCUCCCUCUCCAUCGCCCUCCUCCUCCUCCUCACCACCCUCACGACCGCAACUCUCGACCCUGCGACUUCAAACACAAAGAGCAAGAACCCUUCCCAACCGGGAUGGUGA